GUGUGACCUUGGCGUUGGGGGAUUGCGUUCCCCCCGAGCCCUGCAGCCAGCGGGGGGAUACGGCCUGGUGCUCCCCCCGCCUCUGAUCGCUCUCGGCUCCCCGGGUUUGCUCCCGGUGCCGGCAUCUCACCGCUCGGUCAUGCACAGCCGAGUCAGGGCCCCGUGCUCGGGGCGAUGAGUCCACGGCGCAGCCCCGGGGCUGAUUCAGCAGCUGGGGAGGGUGAGCGUGUGCGGGGGGCUGCGGGUCCCUCUCCCCAGGGACCCUGCGGUGACGGGGUGCCACGGCUCCAGCUGCAUCCGCGCAUCUCCCACCCCCUUAACCCUGCCCUUUACUCCCCGGGACAGGCCAUCCUCGUACCCAUGCCUGGAGGAGGAGGAGGAUGAUGAUGGCCCCAGCGUGGUGGGCCUGGGAUGGGGCACUAACGCCACCGGGUCACGCCGGGUCCUUCCAGGCAGUGAACAAGGUUUUCUGACUCGUCCUGGCGGCGCCGCGUGACGAGGUGCCACUCAGUCACCACAGAAAGCACCGUCUGGCCCCCCUUCCCCGCGGUGUUGCUGCCUGGGCUCGGGGAUAUGCGGGGGCUCCCCCGGGCCCUACCUGUGUCCCCCAGAACUGGGCACAGUGGGGGGCAAGGGAAGGGGAGGCAGGGGGUGGAGGUCUGGCCUCUCUCCACGUGUCGCACAACGACCCCGAGGUGCUGGCGAGGGUCCGACCCUGCCGCGUGGGGCUUCUCCUGAAGCAGCGGGUGCUCGGCCCUCGCUGGGGGGGAUCGUGGGGCAGGAGGGGGACCCUGGGGCAGGACUCCGGGGCACAGAGGGUGUCCCCAGGGUGGGAUCCAGAGCCCCCACGCCAGGGCUGACUCAGCUCUGCCCUGAAGCAUCACGUGAAGCUGCUGCAUCCCCCUGCUCCGUCUCCUCCUUCCCUCCAACCCGCUGCAAACUCCAGGCGAUUGCCAAAAUUUUCCAGCUGCCUCUUUAACUUCCUCAAUUCAGCGGCAUAAAAGAGCCGCGGCCGCGGCACCCGCAUCUCCCCGUCCCAGGCCGCGCCGUCCUCCCACCGACAGCACCAUGCUGGGGACGUGGUGGCCCGCGCUGCUGGCCUUGCUGGUCCCCGCGGCGGGGGCCCAGCCGCACCCCGAGCGGGAGCUGGACGCCCAGUGGGACCUAUGGAAGAAAACCUAUCGCAAGCAGUACAACGGCAAGGGGGACGAGGUGGCGCGGAGGCUGAUCUGGGAGAAGAACCUCAAGUACAUCAACACGCACAACCUGGAGCACGCGCUGGGCGUCCACACCUUCGAGCUGGCCAUGAACCACCUGGGUGACAUGACCAGCGAGGAGGUGGUGAGGGUGAUGACGGGCCUGAAGGUGCCCCGCGGCCGCCCACGUCGCAACGAGACGCUCUACGUCCCCGACUGGACCGAGAGAGCCCCGGCUGCUGUAGACUGGAGGAAGAAAGGCUAUGUGACGCCCGUCAAGAACCAGGGCCAGUGUGGCUCGUGCUGGGCUUUCAGCUCGGUGGGCGCGCUGGAGGGGCAGCUGAAACGGAAGACGGGGAAGCUGCUCUCCCUUAGCCCCCAGAACCUGGUGGAUUGUGUGGCCAACAACGAUGGCUGCGGCGGCGGCUACAUGACCAACGCCUUCGAGUACGUCCGGCAGAACCGCGGCAUCGACUCGGAGGCUGCCUACCCCUACAUCGGCCAGGAUGAGAGCUGCAUGUACAGCCCCACCGGGAAGGCGGCCAAGUGCCGUGGCUACCGGGAAAUCCCCGAAGGGAAUGAGAAAGCUUUGAAGAGGGCCGUGGCCAGGAUUGGACCCGUCUCCGUGGGCAUCGAUGCCAGCCUGCCCUCCUUCCAGUUCUACAGCCGGGGUGUGUACUACGAUGAGAGCUGCAAUGCCGAAAACAUCAACCACGCGGUGCUGGCGGUGGGUUACGGCACGCAGAAGGGCACCAAGCACUGGAUCAUCAAGAACAGCUGGGGCGAGGAGUGGGGUAACAAGGGCUACGUCCUCCUGGCGCGCAACAUGAACAACGCCUGCGGCAUCGCCAACCUCGCCAGCUUCCCCAAGAUGUGAGCGCUCCCGGCGUGCUCCCUUCCCGCACCGCAUCCAGCCGCCCUCCCCGCUUCCCCGCCAUCAAACACGGCCUUUUCGCUCCCGAUCUCCGAAGCUGGCGUCGCUCCGGGGGCAGGGGUCGGAUCCUGCCGCUCUGGGAGAAAUCUCCCCCAGGAGAGGGGAGAGACACCCCCCCCCCGGCUGCAGAUGAACGUGACGAGCUCCCCUCAACUCUUUUCCCGGGACUCCUUUCCCGUUCCGGCGCCGUGUGUGCCCAGUUCUGCUUUCCCGCGGCCGCAGGCGCUCGGCGCCGGGCUUGGCCGGCUCCAGAGAGUCUGACCCAUCUGGAGAUGCUUGUGCAAACAGGUCCCACACCAGCCCCUGCCUCCGAGAGCGCCGCAGGUGCAAUAACCCCCACGGAGAGCACGGACCUGUCUCCUCGCUCUUGCAUCCCAGUGGGGGCUGCAGAGAACGAUACGACUUUAUUUUUAAAAUAAAUACUCUUGGGAAUAAA